AUGGAGAGUUUGCACUUGGAGCUUUUGACAGCACUGGAAGAGCUCUUUAACUGCUCCUCUCCUGUGCUGAGCACUCCGCUGCUGCCUCCACGGGACGUCAGGCUGGAGGCACAGAACUUCCACGUCCUCCUGCAGUGGGCUCCGGCGCCCGGCUCCCCCAGCGAUGCCACGUACCAGGCUGAGUGGAAGAGACGGAGCUCUCGCUGGACCAAGGCAGAUGCCUGCUGGGGGAACAGCACCAGCUCCUCCUGGGCCUGUAAGCUGUAUUUUGGCAGGAUCCAUGAUCUCUACUGGGCGAGGGUGAGAGCAGUGGCUGGAGCUGAGCUGUCUGAGUGGGCCUAUUCCAGCGAGCUGCAGCCAUACAGAGACACAAUUGUGGGGCCCCCUGAGCUGUCCUUGCAGCUCCAAGGUCACACCCUCAACGUAAGCAUCCACACACCUCCCACCCCGUUCCGGAGCAGAGCUGGCUCCUACAGACCCGUGGAGCGGGUGCUGCGGAAGCUGCGGUACUGGCUGAACCUGUAUGAAGGGGACGUGCUGGUGCAGCGAGUGCCCUGCAGAUGGAGGGCAGCAGCCUGUACCUUCAGGUACCUGAAGGGCAGCACCCGGUACUGCGUGCAGACGGCAGCCCAGGGCAUGGGCAGCCAGCGGAGCCGCGAGGCCAAGCAGUGCAUGUGGACACCCGCAGCCCCUGCAGGCUUCCCUUGGGUCCUCCUUGCUGUGCUGAGUGGCAUCUUCCUGCUGCUGAGUGUGGCUGGGCUCUACUUCAUCCAGCUACACGUCUUGCCCAGCCCCUCGGAGAUGCACCUCCCAGAAACGCUUCAGGCUCUCCUGAAUAAGGAGCUGAGUGUGACCUUCAAGGUUCCCCUCCUUGAGCUGGAGGAGGACUCCUUCACCUUGUUCCCACCAAUCAAGCUUCUGUCCCACGGGGCGCCCGCAGCCGAGCCCGCGGCACCCACAGUGCGGCUGCUCCGUGGACAGAGCCCUUCCCAGGACCCCAGUGGCUACUGUGCCAAUGGGUUUGGGCCAGUCUGCCACGAAGGGAAGGAUUCAUCCUGCAGCCACAGCCAGCUGGGGCAUGCCUUGGGCUCCCAGCUCUCACUGCAGCCCGAGGAGGAUGAGGAGGCAUGGGAUGGGGAUGAGGUGUUGGAGCAGCUGGUGCCGGUAGGACUGACCAGAGACGGCUGCACGUGUGACAAGGACUACAGGACAUCUGAGAUGUGGCACCCACUGCACCUCCAGCUUUAUUCUCAAUGCCAGUGCCCAGCCCUGGGAGUUGGCAGCUGCCAUCCUCUGCCCGCAGAGGGCAGGAGCUUGAGCCAGGAGGACCUGCCACAGAGCCUGGGCACGGCAGGGCACUGGGUACCGCUCAGCUCCGUGAAGCUGCAGACCAGUGAGGAGGAGGAUGGAGGGUGGCUGGUCCCUGCUCUCCAGCAUGGCUGUGGGUCCGAGCCACAGCCAGGGGACAGCCCCAUGCUGCAGGGUGACUUGGAGCAGGCAGCAUCGGGCAUCCCACUCCCAUGCCAGCAGCCCCCGUUGUCCCCCAGCACCCUGCAGGCCUUCUCGGGCUAUGAGCUGCGUCCCACGGUUGGCAACGAGCCGUAGCAGGGCAGGAGGGGCACGCUGGCAGCUCGUGGCAGAGCUCAAGGUGCUGCUCAUGCUGCCUGGGGCUGCCUGUGCCUUGCUGGGGGAUGGCCCUGGGCAGCUCCCGUGCGGGCACGGCUGCUGUGGAUGGGUGAGCUCGGUGUCUGAGCUUCCCUCUGUGGUUUUGGUGCUCUUGAACCAAAGCAUCACUACUAGGUACCAAAACAGAAGCCUCAAAGCUUUUCUCUGGUUACCCAGCUGCAUGUGUGUGUACAGUGUACAUACCAGUGCCAGCUGAUGUAUAUACCAUAGGUGUAUGAACCUCUUCAAUGAGAGAGAAGGGGUUUACUUCGUGGGGAGGGGUUUUUUUACCUGCCUGGAAAUGCUGAUUGUGCUCUGGAGCUGUUUGUUAAAUAACACUAAUU